AUGGCAAAUAUAAGCCUUCACUCCUGGGAGUACCUGGAGACUCUCCCUGGAGUUCAAUUCUACCGAUUGUAUAAAAGCCCUUCUUCCGCGCUGGCCAUCUUUCGAAAGCGACUGUCUAGUCUCGCGAAGUCUUUCGUCAUGAUGCUAUUGUACAUGCCGAAGCCAAUGCUAGUCAAGGACUUGGAGCUUCUUGUAAAAGAGACCAGUCGAGGGGAACGUGAGUACGCGGUCGAAUUACUGCGCCGUUAUCACAUUCUCAAAGAAGUCACCUACAGCUCUUCAAGAGCUUAUUUGUUGACUCCUGAAUUCGCAAGAUCAUUGCGGACAGCUUUGACUGGAGCUGGAGAACUCAGAUCAUUCGGACAACCUGCCCGGCUCUCGGAGAAAAAGAAAGUCACCGUUGCCGAUCUAGACGAAUACUCUCGACAACGGUGGGAAGGCAUCUUGGGCUACAUGGUUGGCUCAUCUUCCACUGCCGUUGAAUCUGAACAAGUGGCCAUCGAUCCAUCGCCGGGGGUCAUCGAAUUGUUACGGGCUGGCCAUCUCAUCGAGACCAACGGAACAUACAGUCGUGGCCAGGUUGCUAGCAUCACCAAGGAAGGCUUCGCGUUUGUCCUCCAAGAUAUUAAUACGCAAAUCUGGGCUCUUCUUUUCCUUUAUGUCGAUAAUGCCGAGGUAUUCGAGAUGGACAAAGUUGACGUACUGUCUUUCUUAUUUCUCAUUUCUUCACUCGAAUUGGGUCUCGCCUAUUCAACUACCACACUAGACGAGACUCAACAACGGUGUCUUUCCGAUCUCAUAUCACUUGGAAUUGUUUAUCAACCACUUGGUGCCGAUGGCACUCCGGUGGACUAUUUCUAUCCAACGCGACUGGCUGCCACGCUGACAUCAGAUUCAAAUCCAACACUUUCAGCCGCAAACUCAGCGGUAGGGUCAUCGUUAUCAUCUUCUGGUGGCAACGCAACAAGAGGUUUCAUCAUCGUAGAGACGAACUAUAGAGUCUACGCAUAUACAUCAUCGCCUCUUCAGAUAGCACUUCUCCAGCUAUUCGUCAACCUACGUUCCCGGCAUCCAAACCUUGUCACAGGCAAGAUGAGCAAGGCGUCCGUUCAGCGUGCUGUUCAAGCAGGCAUCACAGCCGAACAAAUCAUCUCAUAUCUCACAUCACACGCCCAUCCUCAGAUGCGACGGAGGGCUCAAGCAGAACAAGCACAAUUGCAGGCUCGCAGCACUGAUCAAAGUCGUGUUAUACCGGUUCUUCCACCUACCAUCCUAGACCAGAUCCAUCUCUGGCAGCUUGAACGAGAUAGGAUGACAACGACUUAUGGGUUUCUGCUGAAGAACUUUACGAAUCACGCAGAGUACGAAGCCCCAUGUCGCUACGCCGACGAAAUAGGCGUGUUAGUGUGGAAGGAUGACAAGAAGGGAAUGUUUUUCGUCAACCGGAUUGAGGGCGUCAGGACCUUCAUGGCUGAGAGGAAGGCAAAUGCACAAGGUUAG